AUGCGCCGCAAUACCGUCGACCGAACAAUGGAGGUGUCGCGACCGGAGAACAGGCGCUCGGUGUCGGUGGGCGCCACUGGCACUGGCGUGGAGAGGCACUCGUACGCCGAGGGUCGGGUGCCCGCGCCCCAUGGGCUGCCACCGUCCCCCGGAGCCGUGGCUGCGCAGCGCCGAGUCGAGGCUGCCUGCCAAGCCAGCAGGAAGCUCCUGGAGGAGACGCUCGCCAAACCUGGGACCCCACCGACUAUCGUCCUGCCCCCCAGCGGUGGAUACUGGGUGGACGGGGUGGAUGACACACCACCAGACGGCGAGGACAGUGAGCCACGGGCCCAGCCCGGCACGCCGAGGCAGGCCUCCAGGCGGCACAACAUCGACACAGACGACACCGCCAAGUACUACAGGCGGUUCUUCCUUGGCAAGGAGCACAUGAACUUGGUUGGGUUCGACGAGAACCAGAGCCCGGUGGUAAUGUCCAUUAAGAAUGAGCACAUGGCCGGCCAGGAUCAUACGAGGAUAUUAUUAAGGCUACGCACAGAGACCAUGCAUGGCCUAAUACCUACUACAAGGUCCGGUAUGACGCCCUCGCCGGCACGCAUGGCGAAGAUGCUGAACGAACAGGUGAACGUAGACAACUUCAUGGCGGUGACGUGCCUGAGCGCGUCGCCCCUCAUCGCGACGUACGACGAGCACGUGCUGGUGAACAACUUCAAGUUCGGCGUGCUGUACCAGAAGUACGGCCAGACCACGGAGGAGGAACUGUUUGGGAACAACGAGACGUCGCCGGUAUUCGACGAGUUCCUCGACAUGCUGGGUCAAAGGAUCAAGUUGAAGGAUCACAAAGGCUACCGCGGCGGCCUGGACAUAAUGAACGGGCACACCGGCAGCGAGGCGGUGUACGAGCGAUACAUGGACCGCGAGAUAAUGUUCCACGUGGCGCCGCUCUUGCCGCACACCGCCGGCGACGCGCAGCAGCUCCAGCGCAAGCGGCACGUCGGCAACGACAUCGUCGCGAUCGUAUUCCAGGAAAAGGCGACACCUUUCACGCCCGACAUGAUUGCAUCCCAUUUCCUUCACGCUUUCAUCGUUGUCACGCCCCUAGAGACUGUCGGCGGGGAGACCAGGUACAAAGUGGCCGUCACCGCGCGUGAGGACGUACCAUUCUUCGGGCCGACUCUCCCCCAGCCGUCCGCCUUCCGCAAAGGGCGCGAGCUGAAGGAGUUCCUGCUCACCAAGCUGAUAAACGCCGAGAACGCGUGCUACAAGGCGGCCAAGUUCGCGCAGCUGGAGCUGAGGACGCGCGCCUCGCUGCUCCAGAACCUGGCGGAGGAGCUGAAGAGCAAGACCCAGGAGUUCCUCGGAACCGGCGCCAGGGCCGAGCCCAUCGCGGUGUCACCGCAGCCGGAGGGCACGCCCAAGCAGGACGGGCCGGGCGCGAGGUUCAUCGACACCGUUAAGAAAGCCCUCAUAUAUAAAGUCAGAUCUCCAAGCGACCCGUCUGGUGACAGCAUUAAGAACUCAUUGAACAAGAAAAUGAAUAUUCACGACACGCCUACACCAAAUAGCGGGCGCUCGAAGGCGUCGGUCGCUUCGUCCUCCGCGUCGGCGGUGUCGGUGCGCUCGGCGGGCGGCUCGGGCGGCUCCAGCCCGGACGUGACGUCACGCGCCGCCCCCCCGCGCGCCCUCCACGACCACAGCGACGACUCCAGCCUCAACUCCGUCGACCUCGACCCGCUCGACGACAAGGACUGGCUGAGUUGUGGCAAAGGCGCAAUAGGCACGCCGGUGUACGUGGACAGCGACACGGGACUGGAGUCUAUGUCAUCGGCGGAGGCGGGAGCGGCGCGCGGGGAGGCGGCCGCCGCGGCCAGGGGCGACGUCGAGAUGCUCAGGCAGGAGGUGUGCCGCCUCAAGAACGACAAGCUGGACCUGCUGAAGCAGAACAUUACUUGGCAGAACGAGAUCAAAUGUUUGCGGGAGAGAGAGAUAAAGCUGCAGGCGGACCUGUCCGCUUUGUCCAAAGAAGUGAGGAAACUACGAGAGCAUCAAGUCACUGGGACCGUCAUCCCGAACCCAUCAUCUCACGAUUCUACCGCU